AUGUACAUCGAAGACCCUCGUUCUGAUCUUAUCAGUCACUGAGAUGGAGCGAGCAAGAGUAACAGUCAUCAUAUUUGUGUGUGUUUUGUUCUGUGAACACCAGAGAGUGUUUGGGACAGAAGUGAGAAUGAGAGUUAAAGCAGGAGACAGCAUCACUCUCUACUCUGACUGUGACAAUCCUCUUGGAUCACACAUUGUUUGGAUGAGAAACUGCUCACAUGAGCAUCAACCAUCUCUGUUAAUAGACUCUACAAAACUGUUCCUGCAGAUGUUUCCACGUUUCAGUUUUGUGCAAAACAGAUCCAGUAACUCCUAUGAUCUACAUAUAGAGAAUGUCAGUGUCUCCGAUGAGGGAAUAUAUUACUGUGCAAUAGAUGAAAGAAAAGUUAAUCGCGCCAUGGGCUCACAGUACCAGUCUGGAAACAGAAGAACUCGUCUAUCUGUCUUGGAGUCAAAGUCUUCUCACACCGAGAUGUUCAACAUCACCUCCACAUUUCCUGUAUCAGACCUCAACUCAAAGCUGCUGUUCAGUGUGUGUCCUGUGUGUGUUGUUCUCUUCUUCAUCAGUGUGUACUGCCUCUGUCAGAGGAAAUCUACAGUUUCUGCAGCAACACAGACUGAGAAUAGCUUUUUUGAGCGAGAAGAUGAAGUUUGUUACGCAUCAUUGAACACGCUGUCCAUGCUGAAGAAAAAGAGAUUGCAGAGUUCCGACUUCACUACUUACACCGAAGUCAGAACCAAAAGAACAUAAACUACCAAAGAGAAUUCUGUUGUAAUCCUCAAAGAUGCAAUACAAAGUCAUGAUAUUACUAUUAUAUAACAGGCAUUACUCUGGGCUAUUGGAAAUCGAAAGGGUUUGACUUUGGUUACCUGUUGUUAUUAUUUGAUGCG